AUCUUGCUGACGAUCAGCUACCUGCCUGAUGGUGGAUGGAUAUGUCAACAUGGCAUGUGAAGUGUAUCUAUCUCAUCUCCAGUCAUGGUGAAGUUGGGCAGUAACCUGUGUGAGAAGGUGGAGAGGCAGGCCUCGCUGGAGGACGGCUUUGACAACAUCCCCCUCAUCACGCCCCUGGAGGUCAACCAACUGCAGCAGCCCUUCCCAGACAAGGUGAUUGUCAAGACUACUACGGAGUACGAGCUACAACAGAAGAAGAAGAAGCGUCUGUAUGUGCCCAGCAUCAAGAAGCUCAACAUCAACCUCUAUGAUGAGGUGUCCGAGAAGGUCAAGCUCACGGGGCUGAUCCUGAUCACGCUGGCCUUCCUGGCGUGCCUGCUGCUGCUGGUCAUGUACAAGGCCCUCUGGUACGACCAGCUCAGCUGCCCCGAGGGAUUCAUACUCAAGCAUAAGCACUGCUCGCCUGCCGCCCUGGAGAUGUACUACUCUGAGCAGGAGGGCGGCGUCGGCGUGGGCGUCGGCGUCGGGGUCGGUGUGGGCGUGUCCAAGGGCGGCGUGGUGAUGGGCGGCGGCCUGUACUCAGCCAUCAGCCGCCUGGGCGACCAGGCCAAGAAGUCGCUGCCCGAGCUGCCGUCGCCAUGGCUGCCCGUGCUCAACGCCCUCAAGGAAGCCCAGAGGGCCAAGGACCAGGCUGCUGCUGCCGCCGCUCAUGCUGCCGCAGAGGCCGCCGCGUCUGCUCACGCUCAGGGGGCCGGGGACGGGGUGGUGGUGGCGGAGGGGCACGCACCAGAGUGCGAGGCGCUGCUGCGAGGCGCGGCUCUGCGCGCGGGUGCGCCCGCGCUGUACCUGGCUCUGUGUCCUCCAGGGCCCGCGGUCUGGCGUCGUUGA